CAGAGUUUGUUGAUUCUACUAUUCAUAAUUCUGCUUGUUGGGUUUCAGGUACGAAGAUGAUCUUGACAAGCGUUACUAUCUCAACAACUGGGUUCAGGUGGCCUCAAGUAUUUUCAAUCUCACUGGUGCAUUGUUUGGUUGCUACGUCAGCAAUAGUUUUACCAUGUACGCAUUAGCGAUCACUAUUGUAAUUCAACUGUUUGAGCUAUGUCUGCUAGGAACUAUCCUCAGUAUAAAGAAUGAAGAGAUCGAGCAUGCAUUCUAUGAUUCUUUGUGGUAUCUGAUGGAUCAUUCUGAGAAAAAGGACUUUUUAAUCAUGUUUCACAAAUGCCAACAUGCCAAGGAAAUGACUGUUGCCAGUAUGGCGCCGCUGAAUAUCGUUCUUUUUAUUGCUAUAAUGCAAAAGAUCUACGCCUUAGCCAUGAUGAUGAUGAGGUUUUCAGAGUGAAUUAAGCAUACCAUAACAUAAAUAAUAGUUUUCAAAUUGAUUUAAGACAUUCUAAAGAGCCAAAGACAACUUUAUAUGUUGAAAUAGGUUUUCCUACAACGUAUAAUUAAAGACACGAGCAAAAAAAAAUGUUCAAUAAAAUACUUUAUUCUGUACUCAUGAAGUGCUAA